AUGGUCCAACUCGUCACUGUUGCUCUACAUCAUCGAGACCACUUUUCCGUCGGAAAUGCUCGACGAGUCUUCGACAAGCAGGCUUACCACUGGAGCAUCAUGAUCAUACCGUCGCCUGGCGAGGCAGAGAAUGUUCACUCGUUUGAUGCUACUGAUGCGUCGCACAUCAAUCCUGUGACUUUCCGCAUGAACAAUCCUACCAUGGACUGGUGGUUCCGGUCAGAGCUGGAUAUCACGCCACGGAGACAUGAGAAGCUGCUAGGGCGGAUCGUGAUUGGGGAGAUCCCGGAAGAUGUUUCUGGUGAGGAAUUGGGAGAGUUUUUCCAAGGGAUUCCUUUGCCGGUGAAGAAUACGGAUCCGCAGCAAAGUUCCGUGACGUGGAUCAAUGAUGCUAUUCGGGCACUACAGGAGAAGGGAUGGGCAGCGGAGUUUGAUUUGGACGCGUUUAAGGCCUUUGCUGUUUCUUAUGCUGAUGAGAGAAUGAAGGGGCCAGAAGCUGAGGAUCCAGAGUUGAAAUAUUUCGAAAGCUAG